AUGGCUCCCCCAAACGCGCGACGCAACACCACCGUGGUUGCUGCCUUGCUAUACCUCAUCACCAUUCCCUUUCUCGUUCUCGUCCUCAUCGGCAACACCCACAUCAACGGCGUCCUCAACGACAUUUACUUUUUCAAGCUCGACGUCUCCCACAUCAUUCCCAUUGCCGUCGACAACUCACAGCUGCUCAACUCGGUCGCUCGCAGUCUGGGCCUGCACGAUUUCUACUCUGUUGGUUUGUGGAACUUUUGCGAAGGCUAUGUCGAUGAAGGCGUCACCUUUUGCUCUCGGCCAAAGCAAUUCUAUUGGUUCAACCCCGUCGAGGUCCUCGUUAGCGAGCUGCUCGCCGGUGCCAGGAUUGCUCUCCCCUCGCAGGUCAUCACCAUCCUCAAGCUCCUGCGCAUCGGCUCCCAGGUCAUGUACGGCUGUUUCAUGGCCGGUACCGUCCUCAACGCCGUCCUGUUCCUCCUCACGCCCCUUGCCACGCGCCGCCGCCUGUUCUCGCUCUUCCUCUCCAUCAUCGGCCUGCUCUCCGUCAUUGUACUCGUUGUCGCCUCCGUCAUCGCCACCGUCAUUAGCGUCGCCGCCAGGAUCGCCCUGACCGCCCAGGACCAGCUCAACAUCAGCGCAGAGAUUGGCGUCAAGAUGUUUGCAUUCAUGUGGAUCGGCUCCGUGCUCACCGUCGUCGCAUUUUUGCUGCACUCGGCCAUGGGCUGCUUCUGUCGCCCCCAGCGCAUCAAGCGAUCGGCCGCGUCGAAGCGAUCAGAUGCUAGCAUGGCCGAGACGAGCAGCAGCGCCAACCGCAAAGGCGAGCUUCCUCGCUUCUUGAGGCGAAACAAGGGUAGCGGCACAUCGGUAUAA